GCAGCGGUGGACGGGAGUCGGGGUGGAGGGAGGGGAAUUUUUUUUUCUCCUCCUUUAAACUCUCAGAGGUUAGAGUUAAUGGGCAGGGUUGGGGCACUCUCCCGUCCUGAGCCGCCCGUCGUCUGCCCAGAAUGCACCUUGGGCCGGGGCGGCGCCGCGCUCCCCGCAGGUUUAUCGUCAGGUGCCCCAGGCUCUCCUGUUCACCCCACCACGCAGUCGGCUGUGGGUGCGAGAACUUUGCAGGGUGGUCCCCAUCCUGCCACCCACCCACACACACAUGGCAGCACUGCCCCCUCGCCUCUCGGAAGGACAAAAUAAGGCAGCUGAAACAACCCUUCCCCCCCCUUUCCAAAUGGCCGGGGAAGGCAUCCUGAGACCGGGGACAGAAUGCUUUAGCGGGUGGAACCUGGCGUGACCCCAUUCUCCAUACGAGGAAACUGAGGCCCAGAAACACGACGUGUCGACGCAGGCUACAACAGAAGAACAUACCUGUGAGCCAGUUGCAGACCUGAGAUACUUAUGCAGAAGAAAGGCACCGCUAACAGAUGAGUAAAGAGUGAUGCAUUAGGCUGGACUUCUGGGUGCUAAUUUUGUCAUUGCAUUUUCGCUCACAUCCGCCUGGUUUGCUCAGCCACCCCCACCGGAUAAGCAGCUUUUUUGGACCCUUGGCAUCUAGAAGACCAGAACCAAUGACAGGAUGGGAAACAUGGACCCUUCUCCUGGCCCUUCUCCUAAGGAGGGGCUGGGGACAGAACAACGAGGAGAGGGGAGCCUGGAGAGAGAACUCAGUCGUCAACUUCUCCAGCAUUUUGGCCUCAGGAAAUAAUCUCUCCAGUUGGACCUGUCAUCCCCACCCACAAGAGGGGGUUCCUCAGCUCCAGAUUGUGCCUGUAGAUGAGGAUGUCAAUCUCACCCUGACUUCUGAACCAGUUAGGAACACGCUGCUUCUAAUAGUGGAUCUUGAAGAUCAUGAGGAAAUGGGGUGUGUAGAGCUUACAGACCCUUGGAACCAAACAGGUCUCUGGAUCAAGCGGCCCUUUCUCUGCACAGGGCAAGGAAAACCCUGUUGCCCCUGCCAGACAGAUGCCUGCCUUAUCGAUGCGGGAAGCUCACUGUCUAUUUAUCCAAUGUCAUUUUCCACGUUAAGCUCCUCCUGCACCCCUAACCAGACUCACUGGUGUGUGGACUCAUCUCUGCUCUCCCCAGGCACCCAGCCCAACACAUCUUGUACGCACUGGAAAGGAACAGCAGCCCCGGCCUGGAGGCUCGCCUAUCAGACCCCUUCUGCUUUCAGCGAUGAGGAGGAAAUAGAGGAAAACUCAGAACUAGAUGGGGGACCGCUAGACGGAGGGCCUUUGUCCCCUAGGUGCAGUAAUGCCCCUCGCUGGGGUGCCCUUUUACGUCGAUGGUUUAAUUCUACUUCACCCCGCCAAGCUUGUACCCCUGCCGGAUAUCUAUUCCUCUGUGGUCCACCGCAGAAUAAACUACCCUUUGAAGGGAGCCCAAAUUCCUCCUUCUCCUGGCCUCUCCGAGCAAUGGCCUACCCAUGCCUAGACAAUGUUCACUUCCGAGGAGAAUGCACUUUGGGCCGAUUGGGCGCUAAAGGGCUAAGCACCACUGCAUAUAAUAGUGCCACCUCUCAAAACAGACAUAACUGGGCACUCAGAUUAGUCCUGGCAGGGAUUGGGGCGGCCAUAGGUCUGGCUGCCCCUUGGGGAGUUUUGCCUAUGAUGAAACAAUCUUAAGAAACCUCACACAGGCCAUAGAAAACCUGGUCUCAGAAAACGGUGAUGGGAAUUCCCCGGUGGUCCAGUGGUCAGGACUCCAUGCUUUCACUGCCAAGGGUGCAGGUUCAAUCCCUGGUCAGGGAACUAAGAUCCUGCAAGAUAUGCCUGGUGCAGCCAAAAAAAAAAACAACUGGUGAUGCCUUUAAGAGGUCUCCAAGAGUCCCCAGAUCCUUAGCCAAUGUUGUAUUUGACAAUAACCCUGGAUCAUCUGGAUGAACAAGGGGGUAUCUAUGCCAUGAUUAACAACACUUGUAGAACAUGCAUCAACAACUCAGAGGAGGUUGAAGUAAAUACUCAGGAAAUUUAUGAACAAGUUAAAUGGCUUGUUACCAAUAUGGGUUCAGCUACCCCACUGCCCAAACUAUAUGGGAGUCAAAGGUUUCAUCCUGUUACAUUCCUUGGUUCCUGCCGCUCCUGGGCCCUCUAGUGGCCGUAGUUCUUCUGUCAUUCAGAGCCUGCCUGUUUAAUCUUUAGUUAGAUUUGUGUCUUCCAUGCUUCAGCAGUUCCAAGUGAGGCUCCUGAUGGCCUAAGGAUUUAAACCCUAGAAGGUUUAAACCCAAGGAUUUAAGUCCUAGAAGGUGACCCUGGUCCCUAUAGGUCUUUGGAACAGUCAGCAAGGGACUUCUGCACCUCUCGGCUAGGCUACGGUCUCAGCAGGAAGAAGCUCCAGAAGCAGAGACAUUCGGCUCCUUUACCCUUCAGGACAAAGGGUGUAGAACCCCUCAAAGGAAAAUGAGAUCAUCUGGGAGCUUGAGUCAUCUUCCAGGACACUUGCCCCUGGACAGCACCUCCUUGAACAGGAAGCUGGCAUCCGUAGACUGACCAAGGGGUGCAGCUUCCUUAAACAACAUGGUGCUGAAGGCCAUAAGUUAACCACAAGUGAUUGAAAGCAACCUCACACCUGUGCAGCAGGGCAGUGCUGACCACUACACACCCUUCCUGGUGGCGGUAGUCGGCAAGUCUGCCAUUUUGAAGUGCUAAUGCAGAAAGCAAAAAACUGCACAAUUCAUGCUUAUGGCACUGCCGAGGAGGAUGGACAGACCACCUGAGCCAUGCCCCCUGCCUGGACUGCAGAUCCAUUCCCGCCGUCACCCCAUCUAAGGACCCAGGGAGCAUUUUGUGAAGGAGCAGGUGGGCAAGGCCACCUGAUUCUUGCCUUUGUUCCUUUGUGCUGCAGUGUGAGCCCCCAUAAAACCUUGUUGGAAAUUCUGAUCUGGCCUCUUGUCAAUGUCUAUUGAUUAAAGAGUCCAAGGGCCCAGGUCUGUAGCACUGGGAAAAUGAAUGACAGCAAAGUGCUAAUGCCAAGAUGAGGAGGGAAAGUUCUAAAGAGCUGCAGUCGCAUAGAGGUGCGGAGAUAGCGACAGGAUGAAAUGACUUCUCUUUAUUAAGGCAGUUCCGACCCUUUUGCUUCCCAGGCAAGUUUGGCUGGAAUGUAACUGCAAGUCAGUGAAUAUCCAGAUUUUCUGGGCUACGGUGCACGGUUACUGUGUGAUCUGCUCCAGCUGCUGGUUUGUGGUGUGGGUGCUGUGCGAAAGGAAGCGUGCAGUCAUUCAACCCUGUGUGUGCGGCAUGUCUGUGCAGACACAUGGACUUUUUAUUUCAUCGUAACAGUUAACAUAUUUAUAUUAACUAUGUGGGCUGAAGGGCUUACAAGGAGACACAA